UGUCAAAAACAAUGACAUAAAUACAACAUCAACAUGUAAAAUAAAAUUUUAGGUAAAAAUCUCAACAUGUACGUUAAAUUUAAAAGAGAAGUGAGUCCAGAAUAUCUCAGGUGAGGCUUCACACUCCUGCCAUUUUCCGGUAGCGCCUGACGAACCAAAAUGGCGGUCCCAGCAGUGGGCAUAGACCUAGGCACGACGUACUCGUGCGUGGGCGUGUUCCAGCACAGCAAGGUGGAGAUCAUCGCCAACGACCAGGGCAACAGAACCACGCCUUCGUAUGUCGCCUUCACUGACACGGAGAGGCUGAUCGGAGACGCAGCUAAGAACCAGGCAACUAUGAACCCCAAAAACACCGUUUUUGAUGCUAAAAGACUAAUAGGGCGAAAAUUUGACGACCCAAAGGUCCAGCAAGACAUCAGGAACUGGCCAUUCGAAGUAGUUUCAGAAGGCGGAAGACCAAAAAUAUUAGUGGACUACAAAAAUCAAAAACGAAGAUUCACUCCUGAAGAAAUAUCUUCUAUGAUUCUAACAAAGAUGAAAGAAACAGCAGAAAUGUAUCUUGGAGGAACAGUAAAAGAUGCUGUUAUUACAGUGCCAGCUUACUUCAAUGAUUCUCAGCGCCAAGCAACUAAAGAUGCAGGAGUGAUUGCAGCUUUGAACGUUCUGAGGAUCAUUAACGAACCCACUGCUGCUGCUCUUGCUUAUGGUUUGGACAAGGACUUGAAAGGGGACAAAAAUGUUCUCAUUUUUGAUCUCGGAGGUGGCACAUUUGAUGUCUCAAUUCUCCAAAUAGCUGAAGGUUCAUUAUUCGAAGUGCGGUCAACAGCGGGAGACACUCAUUUGGGCGGCGAAGAUUUUGAUUGCAGAAUGGUUGAUCAUUUUGCCCAAGAAUUUGAGAAAAAGUACAAGAAAAAUAUUAAGGAGAAUCCAAAAGCUCUCAGGAGACUUCGAACGGCUUGCGAAAGGGCCAAGAGAACUCUCUCGUCCAGCACUGAAGCCAGUUUAGAAAUAGACGCAUUGCACGACGGUAUAGACUUCUACUCUAAAAUCACAAGAGCUCGCUUCGAAGAGAUGUGUUCCGACUUGUUCAGGCAGACGCUCGGGCCAGUUGAAAGAGCUCUAAAAGAUGCAAGCCUAAAUACUAGAGAAAUACACGAUGUUGUUAUGGUCGGUGGUUCAACACGUAUUCCUAAAAUACAGAGGCUUUUGCAGGAAUUCUUUAGCGGCAAAACGCUUAACCUGUCCAUCAACCCUGACGAAGCAGUUGCCUACGGCGCAGCUGUCCAGGCUGCUAUUCUGACCGGCUCUAAAGACACGCGAAUACAAGAUGUCCUAUUAGUGGAUGUAACCCCACUGUCCCUUGGGAUUGAAACCGCUGGAGGGGUCAUGACGCGUUUGGUGGAAAGAAACACGAGAAUACCUACCGCACAGAAACAAGUGUUUAGCACGUAUGCUGACAAUCAACCUGCAGUGACAAUUCAGAUUUACGAAGGAGAAAGAGCGAUGACGAAAGACAAUAAUUUGCUCGGCACGUUUAACUUGACUGGAAUACCACCUGCUCCAAGAGGAAUCCCACAAAUUGAGGUAACUUUCGACAUAGAUGCCAAUGGUAUUUUAAACGUGAGCGCUCAAGACAAAAGUACAGGCCGAUCAGAACAGAUAACCAUCUCCAAUGACAAAGGUCGUCUCAGUAAAAAGGAGAUUGAGAAAAUGCUCAACGAAGCUGAGAAGUUCAAGUCAGAAGACGAAGCUAUUCGGAAGAAAGUCGAAGUUAGGAAUCAGUUAGAGGGCUAUUUAUUUGGAUGUAAAACGGCAGCGGAAAACGCAAGCAGCCGGCUGACAAACGAAGAAAGAACAGCCGUGCUCAACGAGUGCAACGACCAGCUCCACUGGCUUGAGAGCAACCCUGACGCGUCCAAGGCGGAACUGGAGACACGGCUGCAACGGGCUCAGAAGAUCUGCCAGCCAGCGAUGAUGAAGCUGCAUGGAGCAUUGGGAGGAGGUGGCCCUAGCUGUGCUCGACCAGGGUCAGGGGGGCCAAGAGUUGAAGAAUUGGACUAAAUUUUAACAGAUUUGCUGACGUAAAUUGCAGCGACUCGAUUCCGUGCUCUAAGCGUGUCAAGGGCUCAUAAGAAAUCUGCUAGCCAGCAAUGAUAAAGCUGCAUAGAACAUUGGCAGGAGGUGGCCCUAGCUGUGCUCAACCUGGGUCAGGGGGGCCAAGAGUCGAAGAAUUGGAUUAAAUUUUAACAGAUUUGCUGACGCAAAUUGCAGCGACUCGAUUCCCUGGUCUAGGCGUGUCAAGGGCUCAUAAGAGAUCUGCCAGCCGGCAAUGAUGAAGCUGCAUAGAGCAUUGGCUUAGCUGCACUCGACCAGGGACGGGGGAGCCUAGAGUCGAAGAAUUGGAUUAAGAUAUAUGAGAUUUUCUGCAUAGCAACAACUAAUCGUGGUGAGGCAGACUCAAAAUAUCUGCCAGCCAGCGAUGAUGAAGUUACAUUAGGUGGAGAAGAUUCUGCUACCAGUGUCAGAGUGGCCUAGAGUCGAGAAAUUGGACUGAGACAUUAAAGAUAAUGCUGAAUUGCAACAAUAAAUCUUGGCAUAUCAAAGGCUUAGAAAAUUUGCUAUGAUGAAACUGCAUGGAGCAUUGAGAAGGCUUUAGCUGCCUAACGCCCGAUUCCCAUAUUCAAUCCUUGUCCAAAUCCGGAUUACAACAUCAAAUUGAAUUCAGUUUUAGAUUAUAUUUCCAAAAUUUUCGAUGCAUUUACACUUUAAUAUUGUUUAAAUAGUCUUAUAAACAAUAUAAAAAUGUAAAAACAUCAAAAACCGCAGUUAUUUUGGCCAAAAACAUAUUAAAAUUUGACAGUUGACAAUCCAAAUCCGUAUAAUUUGGAUUAGGAUUGAAUAUAGAAAUCCAGCAUAAGUCGAAGAAGGACUAAGAUAUGAAAGAUAUGCUGAAUUUAAUAUUGUAACGACUAGAUUCACUCUCAGUCGAAGGUUUCCAAGAUUUGUCAACCUGCGACGAUGAAACUCAACGUUUUAGGCGAUGGUGAUCAUAGUUGAGUUAAGCCUGUUUUAAGGGACCUGAUGAAGUAGACUUGGAAUAUCGAAGGUUGAAAUCGGAGCAAAGCUGGAUUACGCUCACUUGGACGCAAAUAAAAAAUAUACCUAAAACUAGACCACAAGCGUCGUUUUGAUCCUGACGAGCUGCCAUUGAAAUUCAAAUUGAAACAGUUUUUAACGUCACAAGAUAGCACACGCCACUGUUAUUCAGUAUAUUUUUCUACAAAUUUUAUAUAAAUUUUUAUGCGUCCAGAUUUAUCAAUCAAAUUAUGAAAUACAAAAUAUAUUAUAACACAAAACUA